AUGCAGCUAGUACCAAUCAUAAAAGAAUAUGCCCUUCCAAGCGACUCGGUGGUUGUCGCAGGCUGGUCAAUCGACCUCUUCAUACAUGUGUCAUUGCUCACAGUUCUAAAUCCGGUUCUCGUCUGCGUGUACAUGAUCCACCAGUAUAUGCAAAUAGGUAGUGCAACAUUUUCGACAUUCAAAGGGCUUUUGUGCAUUUUCAUAGAAUUAGCAUGGCUAUUUAGAGCCUUUAAUAUAAAAUCGAGUUCAUGUCCUGCAGAAUGCCAGUUUACACAUCCAAGUAAACUAGUUAUAAUGAUCACAGGUGGCUCUAAUGGCCUUGGCCUCGAAUUGGUGAGGAUUUACGGCUCUAAUCCCAAUGUAAAACAAUUGAUUGUGACGGACGUGAAUGAAACAAAAGAACUUAGUGAUCUAGAACGGAUACAUAACGGCAAAAUUGUGUUCUUAAAGUGUGACAUGGGCAUUCCAGAUCGGGCAAGAAAACUUACUCAUGAUGCCUUUUCUAAAUAUGGCAGAGUCGACGCUUUGAUUUGUAAUGCCGGCAUCAGACAAGAUAAGCCCACCAUGGAGCUUCAACAAGAAGAGUUUCACCGCUUGGUGCAGGUGAACUUUAUUUCACACUGCGAAAUGAUAAGAGAGGUAAUAAAGAAUCAUGAAAGUGCAAAUAAAGCCGAUAGAUUACACAUCGUUGUAGUUUCAUCCGUUUUAGGAUUUGUGUCUCCGAAGUCAUUGGGUAUUUACUCAGCAACAAAGGCUUCACUUACAAAUUUCAUGGAUGCACUCAGGUAUGAAGUUCCCAAGCAGAUAAUCCUUAGCACAAUAUGUCCUGGUCAGUUGACAACUCGAAUGUUUAGUGAUAUUGAUGUUGGCAAAACGUUUCUUGCUCCAUUGGUGGACCACAGAAAAUUGGCAGGGAGGAUUACCGAAAUUAUAAAAAAGGGGCGUAAUGGUUUGUUUACAUACCCAUUCUACGCACAAUUCUUGCCCGCGUUGAGAUGUAUGCCCUGGCUUAUUUAUAGGGCUCUUAGGAAGUUUAGUGAGAUGGAUGCAACUUCAUGA